AUGAGUAUUCCUGGAGAUGAAUCACCGGACUCGUUGCGCACUUUCAAGCCUCAGGGUUCCACUCUGUCAGUUAUGCAUCUUUCAUUUGAUUCGGAAGUUUCUGGUGACCAUUCUCUUGGUGAAGAUAGAAGCACCGAUGAUAAACCAGCGUCUGAGGAUACAGUUGUUGCAGAUGACCACAAAGAGUUCUCAGUCAAAAAGGCAUCAAAGAAAAUGCAGUCUCCAAAUAAACGUGCAAAAUCAGCAAGGUUAAUCUCGGAAAAGAAGACAACGGAUCGUCCUAGCAAACCAGGGAUGGAGAAUGAUCCAAAAGUUGUGGGAAAAGAAGAGGAAUGCACUGAAAACAAUGCCCAAUCAAUUUGGGCAUUGUCAUCUGAUUCUGAAACACAUGACAGUCCAGUGCGGGAAGCUGGUACAAGUAAAUCGCCAAAAGUGGAGCUUAAAGUGGAGGAGACAGUUGCAGUUAAUAAGAAGAAGACUACAAAUAAAGUUACCGAGAAAGUUAUAGGAAAUGAUUAUGAUCCAGCUGUUGCAGUGGAAGAGAUUACUGGAAAGCAUAACAAGUCUGAUUCAACAGGAAAUCUGAUAAGCUCUCUGUUGUGUGCGGUGCGGACUGAAUAUGUCGGGGGCCCGAAGUGCAAACGCCUUCCGAGAUAUUCUACAACGAUGAUGAAGCUCGCAAAUACGCUCUGUCUUCACGUAUAAUCGAUAUUCAGGUAA